AUAAAAUGCCACUGUUUGCCCGAAGUUUAACUAAAGCGUCUCACCGAAAUCAGGGAAAAUGAUUAAGGAAGUUUUCUCUCUGGCUCUACUUGUGGCCUUGGCACAGUGUGCUAAUGAAAUCCCUAUUAAUCGUCAGGGGAAAGAUUAUCCAGUUCCGAUCAUUGAUCCAAAUAAAUCAUCUUCGGAUGAUUAUUUCGAUGAUCGUUUCUACCCUGAUAUUGAUGAUGAGGGCAUAGCUGAGGCUCCUAAGGAUAAUAGGGGAAAAUCCCGUGGUGGUGGUGCGGCUGGCGCAAGAGAAGGUAGGUUAGGUACGAAUGGGGCUAAACCGGGUCAGGGUGGAACUAGACCAGGACAGGGUGGAACUAGGCCAGGACAGGGUGGAACUAGGCCAGGUCAGGGUGGAACUAGGCCAGGUCAGGGUGGAACUAGACCUGGGCAAGGUAGAACUAGACCAGCUCAGGGAACUACUAGGCCAGCUCAGGGAACUAGAAAUCCAGGAUCGGUUGGUACGAAAGAAGCCCAGGAUGCGUCAAAACAAGGUCAAGGUAGAAGAAGGCCAGGGCAAGUUGGUGGUAAAAGACCAGGACAAGCAAAUGCUCCUAAUGCAGGCACUAGAAAGCAACAGAAAGGCAAUAGAGGCGUCAGAAGGCCUGAUCUAUCGCGCUACAAAGAUGCCCCUGCAAAAUUCGUUUUCAAAUCUCCUGAUUUCAGUGAAGAAGGCAAGACUCCAACUGUAAAUUACUUUAGAACGAAGAAGAAGGAGCACAUUGUGACCCGUGGUAGUCCUAAUGAUGAAUUUGUUCUGGAGAUUCUCGAUGGGGAUCCAACUGGGCUUGGACUAAAGAGUGAAACCAUAGGCAAAGAUACGCGUUUAGUGCUGGAGAAUCCCAAUGGAAAUUCCAUCGUGGCUCGUGUUAAGAUCUACAAGAACGGUUAUUCAGGAUGAAAAAGAAAUCCUUUGAUUUCCCCCCCCCCUCUUCCUUUAAAAUUCAACAUAAUAAA